AUGCAGCCUAUUGCACAAAGUUCCCAGAAGGCACCCGAGGGCCCUUCCAACUCCAUUCCUUAUUAUGGAUAUAUUCCGGCCGACCCGUACAGUCCUGUGAAUGCCAGACCAUCUCAGCGCGGGCAGCUGCAGCACACAUCUUGGUAUCAAUACCAGCCCCGGAUCUCCACACCUCCUCAAUCUCGUGCACCUUCUCGCUGUAUAUCACCACCUCCCGAUGGCCACAAUACUGACCCCUUCGCACAACUGAGAGAGGAUCCAGCUCAAACCCCGGGCCCUGUGCGUCAACCAACCCCGGGUCCUAGUACCAGGCCUGGGCCUGGUACACAUGUUUCCGUCCCGGUGUCAAUGCCCGCGAUUCCAGCCGUACCGGACGACCUCUUCACCCCCGUCGAACCCCCUCAGGAUGGCACCUGGUGGUUCGAAGAAUACAUCAACGACCUCCCCUACUCGCCGACCUGCGACAUUGACAAAAUCGCCGAAUUCGACGCAUACGCCAAGUGGCUGGUAAUCAUCUACGGGACCUGGGAAUGGGAUCCAAGGGUGGGUAUGUACUGGGAGCCAGAGUUUAAUGCGAUGUGGCCACCGAUUAGUGUGGAGGAGUGGAUUACGAGGAUGGUCCCACGGCAGAUGCCUCCAAAGACAUCUAGGACGUCUCGUGGUGGACGUCGAAAGGCUGAGGAGACCUCGAGCUCCUCGCAGAAGUAG